UAGCAUGAUUGAUAAUAUAUAUUAUUAGUAUAAUGAGCUUCUUGUGCAGGAGCAUGUGUUGUGUUGUGUUCCAAUUUGCUAGUAGAACCGUAAACCAUUUGCUGUUUUGCACAUUUCUAUGCUUAAUUGCCUAACUUUUUUACUUUCAAGUCCCUGCAAAUUUUGCACACACUUCAAACUUCAAAGCAUGAAACUCAUAAAUAUCUUCUUUCUCUCCCUCUUCCUUGCAUCACCAUUAGUUUCUGGAGCCACCCUAAAACAACAGGAAGUGGAAGUUCUCAAAGAGAUUGGGAACACGCUUGGGAAGAAGGAUUGGGACUUCACCGUAGAUCCAUGUAGCGGAGAACGGAAUUGGACUUCCCCUGCUUCAAAAUCUUAUUCAGAACUAAAUGCAGUAACUUGUGACUGUUCUUUCUCUAAUCACACUCUCUGCCAUGUAGUUAGCAUAGUUCUGAAAUCACAAAAUCUUUCUGGUACUCUUCCGCCGCAGCUUGCAAGGUUGCCUUACCUACAAGAAAUUGAUCUCACCCUCAACUACCUUAACGGCACAAUUCCAAAGCAAUGGAGUUCCUUGAAUCUUGUCAACAUUUCUCUUUAUGGAAAUCGUGUAACAGGUUCAAUCCCAAAGGAACUAGGAAAUAUAACAACUCUCAAAAGUUUGGUCCUGGAGUUCAAUCAAUUAUCUGGAAAUCUACCUACGGAGCUUGGGAGCCUUCCCCAAAUUGAAACACUACUUCUUACUUCCAAUAAUUUCACUGGAGAGUUGCCUGCAUCAUUUGCUAACCUCACUACACUGAAGAACAUUCGACUAGGUGAUAAUCAAUUCUCUGGAUCAAUACCCAAUUUUAUUCAGAACUGGAGAAGUGUUGAGACAAUGGUAAUCCAGGGUAGUGGCUUCAGUGGGCCAAUUCCUUCAGGAAUUUCACUUAUGAAGAACCUUACUGACUUGAGAAUUAGUGACUUGAAUGGAUCCGAUUCACCUUUUCCCCAACUUGAUAGAAUCACAAAUUUGCAGACACUAAUGUUGAGGAGUUGCAAUAUUAUUGGAGCAAUGCCUGAAAAUCUUGGGAACUUGACUAAUUUGAAAGUUCUAGAUCUCAGCUACAACAAAUUAAGUGGGCAGAUUCCGAGCAGCUUUGCUGAACUACAGAAAAUGGACAUGCUAUUUUUAACUAGGAACCGUCUAACUGGACCACUGCCCGAUUGGAUAUCUAAACCUGAUUUUGUAGAUCUCUCAUUUAACAACUUCAGCAUAAGAAAGUCAGAGGAACCAGGUUGUCAACAGGGAAGCACGAACUUGUUUGCAUCCUCCGUGAAUGGCAACAGCAUAGGAAAUAUUUCAUGUCUGCAAAACACUGGCUGUACUAAAACUUGGUACUCUCUCUAUAUAAAUUGUGGUGGAAAGCAAGUAGUUUCUAAUGGAAAUAAGACAUAUGAUGAUGAUUCGGGUACGACUGGACCAGCAAGAUUUCUCUCUGAAGGAACAAACUGGGCACUCAUUACCACCGGUCACUUCUUCGACAGUGGUCGUGCAGACUACUACACAUGGUCUACUACAAAUAAACUUGCAAUGGAAAAUGAUCAACUGUAUAGGGAUGCACGUGUUUCUCCCGUUUCUCUGACUUAUUAUGCAUUUUGCCUCGGAAAUGGAAACUACACAGUAAAUCUUCAUUUUGCGGAGAUAAUGUUCACAGAUGAUAAAACAUAUAGCAGUCUGGGAAGGCGUGUAUUUGACAUCUACAUUCAGAGAAAGUUAGUGUUGAAGGAUUUCAAUAUUGCAAAGGAAGCAGGGGGUGUUGGGAAGGCAGUAAUAAAAAAUUUCACUGCUGUUGUGACUGCUAAAGCCUUGGAGAUCCGCUUAUAUUGGGCUGGAAAAGGAACAACUACUAUUCCAUUUGGAUCAGUAUACGGUCCUCUUAUAUCAGCUAUAUCUGUUGAUCCAGAUUUUGUACCACCUCCUCCUACGGUGAAUGGUGGUGGCUUGUCCGUAGGCGCUAUUGUUGCCAUUGUUAUUGCAGGAGCAAUUAUUAUCAUAUUGAUUUUUGGCAUACUUUGGUGGAAGCACUGUUUUGGACAAAAAAGUUCAGUGCCUAAAGAACUCAAGGACAUAAACUCACAAACUACCAUAUUCACAUUAAGGCAAAUAAGAGCAGCUACAAACAACUUUGAUAGAGCCUUCAAGAUUGGACAGGGAGGAUUUGGUCCUGUGUACAAGGGUGUCCUAUCAGAUGGCACAAGAAUUGCAGUUAAGCAACUUUCCGAUAAAUCAGUGCAAGGGAAUCGUGAGUUUAUAAACGAGAUUGGAAUGAUUUCUGCCUUGCGGCACCCUUACUUGGUUAAACUCUAUGGAUUUUGUAUGGAGGAGGAUCAGUUGUUGCUUGUAUAUGAAUACAUGGAGAAUAAUAGCCUUGCACAUGCUUUAUUCGAUGGAAAUUAUGACAGGAAAACUGAAUUGAGAUUAGACUGGCAAACAAGACAGAGGAUUUGUGUCGGUAUUGCUAAAGGUUUGGCUUACCUUCAUGGAGAAUCAAGAUUGAAGAUCGUUCAUAGGGACAUUAAAGCCACCAAUGUGUUGCUGGAUAAAGAUCUCAACCCGAAGAUAUCAGAUUUUGGUUUGGCCAAGCUUGAUGAACAAAACAAAACACACAUAAGCACCAGAAUAGCGGGAACUUAUGGGUACAUCGCUCCGGAGUAUGCGAUGCAUGGUUAUUUGACGGACAAAGCUGAUGUUUAUAGUUUUGGAAUAGUCGCUUUGGAAAUAGUUAGUGGGAAGAGCAAUACGCUUACCAACCCCACAGAUGAAUUCUUCUCUCUUCUUGAUUGGGCAAAUCUCUUGAAAGAAAAAGGCAAUCUAUUGGAACUUGUUGAUGGGAGGUUGGGUGAAGACUUAAACAAAGAGGAGGCAUUGGUGAUGAUCAAAGUGGCUCUUCUCUGCACCAAUGCCUCUCCGGUGCUCCGGCCUACCAUGGCUUCAGUGGUAAGCAUGCUUGAAGGAAGCACAGUUGUUCCAGAUGUUAUGCCAGGCACAAAUGAUUUAUUGGAUGAGAAGAAAUUUGAGAUGAUGAGACAACAUUACCAACAACAUAGGGGAGAGAGAGAGAUAAGUGAGACUCCAAGCUACAGUAUCUCAGUUGGUGAAACUAGUGCAAUUGUAACUGACACUGAUUCUUCUUUUUUGAAUGCCAGAGAUUAAUUAAAGAAUAAAUUAAUCUGCAUCACAGUCACAUAUACAUGCAUUUUGCUAUGGUUUGGUUUACAGCUGAUGAUUUUCCUUUAGUAUCCCUCUAAUGUGACCAACACGUUAACCCUGUUCUAACAAGAUAGAAGAAAGGAACUGAGAUUGAAAUUGUUUAAUUUUUCUUCAUAAACAUCUUGUAUUUUCCACUACUCCAUGAUUGCUUUAUGUAAUUUUUCUAAGCAUGAUUAAAUCAAUUUUUUUCAGAUAA